GCUGGGGGCGGGGCAUGACUUGAACGCUCCUUGAGUGUUCCUGGAGUGUCUGUUGGGGCGGGCGGCGGACGUGCUCCGGGUGCCGGUUGGCCUCGGGCGGGCAGGCGGGAUGUACCACAGCAGCACGCAGAGGCGGCACUGGACCUUCCGCAGCGAGGAGGAGCUGGCCCGCUGUCGGGUCGACGCCAACCGCAAGUUCUGCUGCAAAGCGGUGGCUUGCGGAAAGGCUCGGCAGAGCGACUCGCUGCUUCUGGAGCCCCGGGAGGAGUUGGCAAUCUGUAAAUAUUAUGAGAGGAAACUGCUGGAUUUCUGCUCCGUGUUCAAACCUGCCAUGCCCAGAUCCGUGGUGGGCACAGCUACUAUGUACUUCAAACGUUUUUACCUCAAUAACUCAGUGAUGGAGUAUCACCCUCGAAUAAUAAUGUUAACAUGUGCAUUCUUGGCAUGUAAAGUAGAUGAAUUUAAUGUGUCCAGUGCGCAGUUUGUUGGUAACCUUCGAGAGAACCCUCCAGGUCAGGAGAAGGCUCUUGAACAGAUCUUGGAAUAUGAAUUACUACUUAUUCAGCAGCUGAACUUCCAUCUUAUAGUGCACAACCCUUAUAGACCAUUUGAGGGAUUUUUAAUUGAUUUGAAGACUCGUUAUCCAUUGCUGGAGAAUCCUGAGGUCUUAAGGAAAACAGCUGAUGACUUUCUCACCCGAGUAGCUCUGACAGAUGCCUACCUUCUGUUUACACCUUCACAAAUAGCUCUCACUGCCAUCUUAUCUAGUGCUUCCAGGGCAGGAAUUAAUAUGGAAAGCUAUUUAUCCGAGUGUCUUGCACUGAAAGAAAACAGAACAUCUCUGUCCCAGUUACUAGAUGGAAUGAAAUGCAUGAAAAAUCUCAUAAAGAAGUAUGAACCACCACGGCCUGAGGAGGUUGCCACUCUAAAGCAGAAGUUAGAGAGAUGUCACAGCUCAGAACUUGCUCUUAAUGUAAAUGUAAAGAAGAGGAAGGGCUAUGAAGAUGAUGAAUAUAUUACAAAGAAAUCUAAAAUGGAUGAGGAAGAAUGGACUGAUGAUGAUCUUGUAGAUUCACUGUAAUUUAAAAGGAAGAUGCACCUGGCAGAACUUUGGGAACUACUUAUCCACCUCCUGCAUCAUGUUGGAUUCUCAUUCAUAAAAACUUUCUCUAGCUAACAACUUAUGGCAGGUUCCCAGUUUGUCAUGGGAUACAGAAGAACUGCCUCUUUAUAAUAAAUUGAUUUGUAUUUUAUUUAAAUAUGACUAGUCACAAACAUGA